UCCUCGUCUCUCUCGUCCUUCACAGUUCGCCCAAAACCCAAAUGCAAUCUGCGCGAGGCACUUUUUCCCGCGCAUCUUUCCUGGGAUUCGAUGCCUCCGAAAGCCGACGGAGCCGAAGAGCUCAAACAACCAGUAGCCCUCACCAGAGAAAAGAUAGAGGUAGCACAGAAGGGGAAUGUUGUCAUAGAGAAAAAUGCUGACGGAGAAUACAGAGAUGAAGAUGAUGAUGAUGAUGUGAAAAAUAAGACAGGUGAGAUCGGUGGCCCUGGAGGCCCUGAGCCUACUCGUCACGGUAAUUGGUACCGCAACGGUUGCUGCUACGAUUUAUGAAAGAUUUCAUCAAUUUAUCCUCAUAGCAUUCUGAUCUGAAGUCAAUUCAGACUUCCAAAUCCAAGCUUCAAGCAGCAUCUUCUGCUCUUCAUCAAUAACGGGUACUCUCUUUGAUUCUUUAUUAUUUUUAUUGUAAAGUUAUGAUUAUGUCCAUUUCAUUAAUAGUAUAAAUUAAUGAUUCAUUU